CCCGGAGUCCCGGGCUGCGGGUGGCGGCGGCCGAGCCGGGAGCUGAGCGCGCUGGGCGCGGCCGUCCCGCCGCCGCCGCCGCCUCCUAGUGCUGAGCGCUCCCGCGGCCAUGGUCCCCGCGGCGGCGCCGGGCGCGUGAGCCCCGCGACUCGAGCGCCGGAGGCAGGCGGCCGGCUGUGCCGGCGCAACGGAGAGGUCAACAGAAGGCGAGCACCGUGGGCUAUGGGAUGGAUGAGGUGGAGCAGGACCAGCAUGAGGCUCGACUCAAGGAGCUGUUUGACAGUUUUGACACGACGGGCACCGGGUCCCUGGGGCAGGAGGAACUCACCGACCUUUGCCACAUGUUGAGCCUGGAGGAAGUGGCCCCUGUGCUGCAAGAGACGCUGCUUCAGGACAACCUCCUGGGCCGGGUGCAUUUUGACCAAUUUAAAGAAGCGCUAAUACUUAUCUUGUCUAGAACUCUGUCAAAUGAAGAACACUUUCAAGAACCAGCAUCUAUGGGUGUCAGCUGCGAACAAGCAGCUCGGGUGUCUGGGCCGCUCCUGAAUACUCACAGGCUGACACACUGCCUUCCGAUAAAAGACUGUUCACUAGAAGCUCAGCCCAAAUAUGUUAGAGGUGGAAAGCGUUAUGGACGAAGGUCCUUGCCUGAGUUUCAAGAAUCUGUGGAGGAGUUUGCAGAGGUGACAGUGAUUGAGCCACUAGAUGAAGAAGCACGACCUGCACACAUGCCAGCCGGUGAUGGCAGUGAGUGCUGGAAGAUGCCACGCAGUGAGGAGUAUGAAGCGGAAGGCCAGUUAAGAUUUUGGAACCCAGAUGACUUGCAUGCUUCUCAGAGUGGGUCUUCUCCUCCCCGAGACUGGAUAGAAGAGAAACUACAGGAGGUUUGUGAAGAUUUGGGGAUCACCCGUGAUGGUCACCUCAACCAAAAGAAGCUGGUCUCCAUCUGUGAGCAGUAUGGUUUGCAAAAUGUUGAUGGAGAGAUGCUUGAGGAAGUCUUCCAUAAUCUUGAUCCUGAUGGUACAAUGAGUGUAGAAGAUUUUUUCUAUGGGUUGUUCAAAAAUGGAAAAUCCCUUACACCAUCAGCGUCUACUCCAUAUAGACAAUUGAAAAGACACCUCUCCAUGCAGUCUUUCGAUGAGAGCAGACGACGUACCACAACCCCAGCAGCGAUGACGAGAACCAUUGGCUUUCGUGUCUUCUCCUGCCUGGAUGAUGGGAUGGGCUGUGCAUCUGUGGAGAGAAUACUUGACUCCUGGCAGGAAGAGGGCAUUGAGAACAGCCAGGAGAUCCUGAAGGCCUUGGAUUUCAGCCUUGAUGGAAAUAUCAACCUGACAGAAUUGACGCUCGCUCUUGAAAAUGAACUUUUGGGCCCCAAGAACGUCGUUCACCAGGCAGCUCUGGCCAGCUUCAAGGCUGAGAUACGGCAUUUGCUGGAGCGAGUUGAUCAAGUGGUCAGAGAAAAAGAGAAGCUACGUUCAGAUCUGGACAAGGCUGAGAAGCUCAAGUCUCUAAUGGCCUCAGAGGUGGACGAUCACCAUGCAGCUAUAGAGCGGCGGAAUGAGUACAACCUCAGGAAACUGGAUGAAGAGUACAAGGAGCGCAUAGCAGCCUUAAAGAGUGAGCUCCGUAUGGAGAGAGAGCAGAUACUGCAACAGGUGGGCAAGCAGCGUUUGGAACUUGAGCAGGAAAUUGAAAAGGCAAAAACAGAAGAGAACUACAUCCGGGAUCGCCUUGCCCUCUCCUUAAAGGAAAACAGUCGUCUAGAAAAUGAGCUUCUGGAAAAUGCAGAGAAGUUGGCAGAGUAUGAGAAUCUGACAAACAAACUUCAGCGAAAUUUGGAAAAUGUGUUAGCAGAAAAGUUUGGUGACCUCGAUCCCAGCAGUGCUGAAUUCUUUCUGCAAGAAGAGAGGCUGACCCAGAUGAGAAAUGACUACGAGCAGCAGUGCAGAGUAUUACAAGACCAAGUGGAUGAACUCCAGUCCGAACUGGAAGAAUAUCGUACACAAGGCAAAGUGUUCAGACUUCCCCUGAAGAACUCACUGUCAGAAGAACUUGAAGAAGAACUUGAUGUUAACAGUGGUCACAUCGAGCCUGACCAGGGGCUUGGUUCUGGAGACUGCCAUCCACUGAAUAUGAGCAUCGAGGCGGAGCUGGUCAUCGAGCAGCUGAAAGAACAACAUCGCAGGGACUUAAGUAGCAUAAGACUGGAACUUGAAGAUAAAGUGCACUGUUAUGAAGAGCAGCUAGAUGAAACCAAGGUCGCCUGUGAAAAGGAGCAGGAGAACAUGAAGCUGAAGUAUGAGAAUGAAGUGUGCAUCUUGGAGAAACAAAUAAGUGACCUUAAAACCGAAAUUGCAGAACUUAAGGGCCAGGCAGUGGUGCUCCAGGAGGCACAGCAUACAGCUGUCUGCAGACACGAGGAGGAGAAAGCACGGCUGCAAAUGAAGUGGGCUGAGGAGAAGAACCAGUUGCAGGAGAAGCUGAGGCUGGAACAUGAUCUGGAGCUCCAGGAGAGACUCGGGCAGGUGGAGGAAAGCUUUAACCGAGAAAGGGAAGGACUCAUCCAAAAUGGUGCCUGGACCGAAGAGAAGGUGAAAGGCUUGACUCGGGAGCUAGAGCGCUUCCGGCAGGAGCAGCUGGAGAGCCUGGUGGAGAAGCACACUCUUGAGAAAGAGGAGUUGCGAAAAGAGCUCUUGGAAAAACACCAAAGGGAACUUCAAGAGGGAAGGGAAAAAAUGGAAACUGAGUGUAAUAGAAGAACCUCUCAGAUAGAAGCCCAAUUUCAGGCCGAUUGUCAGAAAGUCACUGAGAGAUGUGAAAAUGCUCUGCGAAGCCUGGAGGGGAGGCACCGCCAAGAGCUGAAGGAGCUCUUGGAGCAGCAGCGUGAGGAGAGAGCCCAGUGGGAGUUCGAGAAGGACGAGCUCACCCAGGAGUGUGCAGACGCCCAGGAGCAGCUGAAAGAGACUCUACAGAGAGAGAAGGCAACUUAUCUGGCCCUGACCCAGGAGAGAGAGAUGCUAGAGAAAACAUACAAAGAACAUUUGAAUAGUAUGGUUGUAGAAAAAGAGCAGCUACUCAAAGAGCUGGAACAUCUAAGAAAUGUGUCUGAAAGUCAGCAAAGCCUACUAUCCAACCAGAUACUUCAGCUGAAGAGCAGUCAUGAAAAAGAGCUGAAGGACUGCAGGCAGGUCCUGUGCCAGGCAGAUGCCUCAGAGCAGCUGGCCAGCCAACGGCUUCAAAGCCUAGAAAUGGAACGUGACCAGGAGAGGCAGGAAAUGAUGUCCAAGCUUCUGGCCAUGGAGAGCAUCCACAAAGUGACGUGUGAGAAAGCAGAUCAAGAGAAGGCCAAGAUGAGCACAGAAAUAUCCAGACUUCAGAGUAAAAUUAAGGAAAUGCAGCAGAUGGCAUCUACUCUGUCCAGGCUUCAGAGUGGCUGUCAGGUAACAGGAGGGGAGGAGGCAGGAGGAAGUGGAGCCAUGUCUCUUCUCCAACAAGGAGAGCAACUGUUGGAGGAGAAUGGAGAUGUGCUCUUAAGCCUGCAGAGAGCUCAUGAACGAGCAGUGAAGGAAAAUGUGAGAAUGGCUACUGAAAUUUCAAGAUUGCAACAGAGGCUGCAAAAAUUAGAGCCAGGGUCAGGAAUGUCUUCUUGUUUAGAUGAGCCAACUACUGGAUUAUUUGGAAAUUUUGUGGAACAAACAGAGCCAUUCUUACUGCAAAGUCAAAUGAAGCAAGUAGAAGGUGUCACCACACAGUGCGUCCUAAGUGACCUGCAAGACGAUGAGGUCCGGGAUCUGGGAAGUACAGGGACAAGCUCUGUUCAGAGACAGGAGGUCAAAAUAGAGGAGUCUGAAGCAUCAGUAGAGAGUUUUUCUGGGCUUGAAAAUAGUGAAGAGACAAGGACUGAGACCUGGGACCUGACGAAUCAGAUUUGUCAGCUUCAGGAACGACUAAUGGUCCUUCGUGCAGACUGCGAUCGAGCUUCUGAAAAGAAGCAGGACCUACUUUUUGAUGUUUCUGUGCUAAAAAAGAAACUAAAGGUGCUUGAGAGAAUCCCUGAGGCUUCUCCCAAGUACAAAGUGUUAUAUGAAGACGCUAGUAGAGAAAACAACUGUCUUCAGGAAGAGCUGAGAGCGAUGGAGAUGCGCUAUGAUGAGGCACUAGAAAAUAACAAAGAACUCAUUUCAGAAGUGUUCAGAUUGCAGGAUGAGCUAAAGAAAGUUGGAGAAGUGACUGAAACAUUCCUUAGCCUGGAAAAGAGUUACAAUGAAGUUAAAAGAGAGAACGAGGAACUGAAUGUUCUGGUUCUGAGACUUCAAGGCAAGAUGGAGAAGCUGCAGGAAAGAGCAGUGCUGGAGUGUGACUGCUUCCCCUUAUGGGAAGCCUGUUUGGAUCAUCGGGAAGUCAAACCUGAUGGAACGGUACUUGAACUAAGUCAGACCUUGGAAGAGUGUGUGCCAAAAGUCCUGAAGGUACACCAUGUUAGAGAAGAACGCUUCCAAGAAAACCGGUACUUUGAGCAGGAGAAUACACGGCUCUUGGAAAAAGUAAAAGCAAACAGACUUGCCUGGCUACAUAGAACAAUGCGGACACACAGAGAAAAGCCCAGAGUACAGAACCAAAUUAUACCAGAGGAAAAUACUGCUCUCCUAGACCUUGAAGACAAACAUUUUCAGCGUCAGGCCACAUUAGCAGAGUUAGAACUAGAGAAAAAAAAGUUGCAGGAGUUGACUAGAAAGUUGAGGGAGAGAGUCACUACUUUAGUUAAGCAAAAAGAUGUACCUUCUCAAGGAGAAAAUGAGGAAGAGCUGAAGGCAAUGAUGCACGACUUGCAAAGCACGUGCAGUGAGAUGCAGCAAAAGGUUGAGCUUCUGAGAUAUGAAUCUGAGAAACUUCAAGAGGAAAAUUCUAUUUUGAGAAAUGAAAUUACCACUUUAAAUGAAGAAGAUAGCAUUUCUAACCUGAAAUUAGGGAAAUUAAAUGGAUCUCAGGAAGAAAUAUGGCAAAAAAUAGAAACUGUAAAAGAGGAGAAAACUGCAGUUCAGAAGGUAGUUGAAAACUUAAAGAAACAGAUUUCAGAAUUAAAAACAAAAAAUCAACAGUUGGAUUUGGAAAAUACAGAACUUAGCCAAAAGAUCUCUCAAAAUGAGAAAGAAUUGCAAGAACUUAAUCAACGUCUGGCAGAAAUGCUAUGCCGCAAGGAUAAAGAGCCAAGACACAGCCCUUUUGAGGAAUGGAAACCAGAACAGCCUAAUCUGAAAGAGGAACCGGAGCCCUGGAGAGCACAGUCUUCCACCUUAGUGUCUUCUCUGGAGGCAGAACUUGCCGAAGUCAAAAUACAGGCUCAUACUGUGGAACAGGAGAACCUCCUUCUCAAAGAUGAACUGGAGAAAAUGAAGCAACUGCACAGAUGUCCUGAUCUCUCUAACUUCCAGCAAAAACUUUCUAGUGUUCUAAGCUACAACGAAAAACUGCUGAAAGAAAAGGAAGCUCUAAGUGAAGAAUUAAAUAGCUGUAUAGAUAAGUUGGCAAAAUCAAGUCUUUUAGAGCACAGAAUUGCUACUCUGAAGCAAGAACAGAAGUCUUGGGAACAUCAGAAUGAAAGCUUAAAGUCACAGCUAGUGGCUUCACAGGAAAAGGUUCAGAGUUUAGAAGACACCCUGCAGAAUGUAAACCUGCAAAUGUCCCGGAUUAAAUCCAACCUACGAGUGACUCAGCAGGAAAAGGAGGCUUUAAAACAAGAAGUUAUAUCUUUACAUAAGCAACUUCACAAUGCUGGUGACAAGAACUGGGCCCCAGAAAUAGACACCCAUCCAUCAGGAUUCCAUAGACAGCAGCAAAGCCCAUCUUGGGACAAGUUGGAUCAUUUGAUGAAUGAGGAACAACAGCUGCUUUGGCAAGAGAACAAGAGACUCCAAACUGUGGUGCAGAACACCAAAGCGGAGCUCACACAUUCCCGGGAGAAGGUCCGUCAACUGGAAUCCAACCUUCUUCCCCACAAGCACCAAAAACAUCUAAACUCAUCAGGUACUGUGAAGCCUACAGAGCAAGAGAAGUUAAGCUUAAAGAGAGAAUGUGAACAGUUUCAAAAGGAAUCAUCCCCUACUAAUAGGAAGCAGGUCAGCCAGAUGAACUCCCUUGAACAAGAAUCAGAAACAAUUCAUUUGGAAAAUGAAGGCCUGAAAAAGAAACAAGUAAAACUGGAUGAGCAGCUAAGGGAGAUGCAACACCUGAGGUCCACUGUGAUGCUUAGCCCAUCCCCUCACACUUGGAAUCUGCAGCUGCUUCAGCAGCAAGCCUGUCUGAUGGUGCCCAGGGAGCAGUUUCUGCAGCUUCAACACCAGCUGCUGCAGGCAGAACAGAUAAACCAGCACCUGCAGGAAGAACUUGAAAAUAGGGCCUCCGAAACCGACACACCACAGAGAACCCAAGAACAACUGGUAACUGUAAUGGAGGGACGAAUGAUUGAAGUUGAACAGAAAUUGAAGCUGGUGAAAAGGCUUCUUCAGGAGAAAGUGAAUCAGCUCAAAGAACAACUCUGCAAGAAUACUAAAGCAGAUGCAAUGGUGAAGGAUCUGUAUGUUGAAAAUGCCCAAUUAUUGAAAGCUCUGGAAGAGACUGAACAGCGACAAAAAACAGCAGAGAAGAAAAAUUACCUCCUAGAAGAGAAGAUUGCCAGCCUCAGUAAUAUAGUCAGGAAUCUGGCACCAGCACCAUUGACUUUUACACCUCCCUUGAGGUCAUAGUCAAGCCAAAGGACAUACUCCUAUUUGUGCAUUUUACUAAAAUAAGAUAUUUCAGUAGAUUCUCUCAACUUUUUUUUUAAGCCUUUAGUGGCUUAAAGUUAAGCCUAACCUAAAACUGCCAGCAACAGAAUUGGAGUCUACAUUCAUUGUAAUUAGUUUUUCUAAAUAGUCUCUAAUGAAAGUUAAAAAAAAAAAUUAUAUUUCACUGUUUGAAUUAUUCCCAUUUUGAAUUUUAAAAAAAAGUUCUAAUAGCCACCAAGACAUGAAGCAGUUCAAGAACCUUAAAAUCCCAGUUUUGAAUGAAUUUUUUUAAAUCACUGUUUUGUAAAAAUUAUGUAAAUUUCAGGUAUUUUGAGAUCUGAUUAGUUGGUUGUUUUGAUCUUUAUUUUAAAGCCAAAUUUAUGUCUUCUUACACAUUUAAGUAUGGAAAAGUCAAUCUGUUUCUAAUUGUUUUGGUUCUUUCAAUUAAUUGGUAGACUUUUUGUUUAGGAACAGAAGCUGAGCUCAAUAACCACUAAGGUCAGAACAGGUGGAGUUCAUAGAACUCUACCUUCUAACACCUAUGACAGUAUUACCACUUGAUAUAGAGAGAAAACAGAUUUACUCAACUGCACUGUUAACUAAUGUUAAAAUUUUGCUUUCUUUAAACAGUCUUCUUUUUUCCCAGAAGUUCCAUUUGGGGAGCUUUCUUCUAAGAAACGGAUAAAGCCACAUUCUUCAAGCAUUUGAACUGUAGGGAGAGCACUGAACAAACCACUUUGGAGCUAAUCUUAGAAGCGAGAUAAGAAAACCAUGUGGGUUUCUCUCUCUAAAGUCUUGGAAUUUAUGAACUUACAUUUGGGAUUGCCUCAAGAACUCAGGGAAAAAAACUUUAAACUGUCUUCCUGAAAUACUGUAGGGCCUCUUUAAGAAUUUGAAAUGUAUAAACCUUGUGACCUUAUUUAUUUAUCUUAUAUUUAGAGCCAUAGUGGGAUUUUUAUUCUACAUUUUUAGUUAAUUUUAUCUUCUGAAAAGAUGUCUUGAUUUUAGAGUUAAAAACCUUUCUAACUUAUGAAAGAGUUAUUUGUUUGUUUAAUAUAGGUCAAAAUUUCCAUGCUUCCUGUUCAUCUACAGCUGAAAUCUGAUCAUAAGGGUUUCUUACUGUGAUAAGCUAUGGCAUGCCAUCUGAAGUAAAGGAGUGCCAAAUAGGAUUUUUCAUUCAGUCUCAAAACCAGAACUAUAUAGAACAGUAAACAUUUUAGACCGGAUAACUUUACACACACACACACACACGCCCAAGUAAAAUCUCUGCCUUCUUCAGCCAGCAGUUGGUGGAGGACUUACUAGAUAUAGGAUCCUAACAAAGCUCAUCCCAGUCUCCUGUUUUUAUGGGACAGCAGUUAGGUAAGAAAUACUCACUUUGCUGUACUCCAGAAGGCCAAUCCUGUUGAUUUAAAAGAGGUGUAACAGCAAAAUCAAAAUAACACAUUAUGCACAAGAACAAAAGAUGGAGCAAACUGCCUAUAAAGUCAUAAUGAGAGAAACUCAAUCGCAACACGGUAAUUUGCAUCAAGGAACUUCAGAGUUCCUUGGGGCUGAACCAUCGAUUAGUCUUACCGGCCAAUAUAGGAGUACUUGCUACAAAAGCCCUGACAGGGAAUGGCCAUUUGUGGGACCGGAAAUGGACACUUAUGAAACAGACCUUUUCACUUUUGGACAGCUCUCAUUAUCAGAAAGUCCCAAUUUCCCCACGGAAAAAGAAUUUUAAUCCCCUUCAAAACAUUUGGUAUCUGGUAUGCUUAUCUUGUCUUCCCAGUGCAAACGUCUUUCUUUUGCAGUACAGACGUUACUAGUAAACUACAUGCAUGGCAUUAACUUUAACAGAGUAACUUCUUCAUUUUGCACUGUGGAUGGGUCUAGGCUACUAAAAGUCAUAAACUAAGCAUCUGUGGUAUAACUUACGUGAUACGCCUCAUGUUACUCAAGGUUAUUGCCAUCGGCACUGAACACCAAACAUAUUUCUUAAAUAUAGCUGGCCCAGCACAUGUUAUUUUUUUUAAUUUUAUUUCUUACAUUAUAAAAAGUGUGGCUUAAGUUCUUAUAAAUCUGUAUUUAUGUGUAUAUAAAAUGCUGUAAUUGUACUUGUAAGUAUGAGUUUCUGGAAAGUUUUAGACCACAUUUAGAAUCCCUUUAUCCAAACUCAAAAUUAUGCUUAAAUGAAAGUUAAUUUAACCAAUAUCUAGGUGCUUAAUUUCUUGCUUAACUGCAAUUAUAUGACUGGAAAAGAAACCAACAGGAGAAAUAUAUAGUUAUCUUAAAUUUAUGCAUUUGUGCAGUUUAUUUUUGUGGACUAGUUUAGAGUGGGGAUUUAACUGGCAAUUUAUAGUCUAGCUUUCAGCUUUUUUAAAGACCUUUUAAAGAGAUUAUAUUUAAACUUAAAUGUUUAGAUUUUGCUUUCAGACUUUAAAAUAGCUCUCUUUAAAAUCAAGUUAUGUAUUACUUAUAGGCACUUAGCUGCUUGCUUAUUAAGAGCACUGGUUAUGAAAUUUUGUUUUGAUUUCUUAAGAACAGUUAGUCUUAGAAGAUGUGAUCUUCAUUUCAAGGGAAGAGAAUCAAGUUUGCCUUUGUUAUAAUGUAUUACACUAAGAAAAGGAAAAUGUGGUUAGUAAAAACUACAUUGUUCUGUUUUGCUUUCUUCUGAUUUGUAGAACUUUUAAGUCUUAAGCUCAAAUUUGUGAGGGGAAACCACAGUAUUUUAUUUAUUUUUCUAAACCUCUCACUAAACCCAGAUUUUAAAAACUUAAAUAUGAAUCCUUCCAGAAGCUUCAAAUACAUUGCUUAUAUAUUUCAUCUUAAGCAUAUUUUACAUCAAUAUAUCACAGAAUCAUCGGCUUUCAAGGCAUAGGAGGAGCUCUUAUAGGUCUAGUAUUUCAAUAAUCUACAAAUAUCCAAGGUGGGUAUUAUUAUGAGGAAGUUUUUUUGAAGAAUGAAUAAAGCUUAGGCUGCCUUUAAAAUGUGGGGAUGAAUUUAUUGUUGUGAUUUCUUUUUUUCUGAGUGAAGGAAAAGAGAAAUGUGUUGCUAUUAUUAGCAUCUCAAAGGUAUUCUCAAUCAAGGCAGGUAAGGGUUUUGUAAUAGUAUUAAGUGUCUUUUUGAAUGGAUUACCUGUUAACUCAUUAGAAUGAUAUAAUUAUACAAGUUAUGCCAAAAACCAAGUCAAAGCCUAAUAACCAAAGCAUUCCAAAAAUUAUAUUGUUUGGGGGUUUAUUUGAACAUCUCAGCACUGUAAAAUAGGUUUGGUCUUAAUGGCAUAUGGGUAACUUUAAUAAUAAGUCAAAGUUAGCAUCUUGUUUUUCAGCUUUUUUGAAUGAUUAAAGCUAAAUUUAUCCUUAUGGAGAGACAUCACAGCAUGAUUUAAGGGAACAUCGGUUUUGUAAAGUAAAAGCCAAGUACAUGUAAAGACAUCUCUAGGAUUCUUUUCAGAUAAAGUUAAUGUGUAUGGGUUUAUAUCAACUUUGUACAUUUCAUCUUAGACAUUCUAUCCUAGAUUUUACUGUAAGUUCAAAAUGUAAAUAAAUAAUUUUGCAAAUAUG